ACGCAAUUUCCUAAUUUAUCGGUUACGUUUUGUUUUGCUUUCACCGACAUCUGUCUUGAUUACAGUACAUCCAUACGCUCACUUUUCACCGCGCACAUCGCACUUUACAUCGUUUUACAGGCAUUACUAAUAUAUAUACACACGCUCACUUUCCUCUGAUAAUAAGCAUAAGCAUCCUCCUCUUUUGUGAUUUAGAUCUGCAUUUUGUUUUAUAUUCCUGCGAGCUUGAUUUGAUUUGUUGUGUCAAUGGCUGCAUUGAGUGCUGCUGAUUCUGAGAAGCUUCAGAAGCUUCAGUCUGCUGUCUCUGGACUCACUCAGAUCAGUGAGAAUGAGAAAUCUGGAUUCAUCAACCUCGUUUCUCGUUAUUUGAGUGGUGAGGCACAGCAUGUUGAUUGGAGUAAGAUCCAGACUCCUACAGAUGAAAUUGUAGUGCCUUACGACAGUAUGCCACCUGUGCCUACAGAUUCUGCGGAGGUUCAGCAGCUAUUGGAGAAACUUGUGGUGUUGAAGCUUAAUGGAGGAUUAGGGACAACCAUGGGCUGUACUGGACCAAAAUCUGUCAUUGAAGUUCGAAAUGGUUUGACAUUCUUAGACUUGAUUGUCACCCAAAUUGAGACACUUAAUUCCAAGUACGGAUGCAAUGUUCCGCUUCUUCUAAUGAACUCAUUUAACACGCAUGAGGAUACACAAAAGAUCGUAGAGAAAUAUAAGAACUCGAAGAUUGAGAUUCAUACAUUUAACCAGAGUCAGUUUCCCCGUUUAGUCAUUGAAGACUUCAUGCCUUUGCCAUGUAAAGGAAAUUCUGGCAAAGAUGGAUGGUAUCCCCCUGGCCAUGGUGAUGUAUUUUCAGCCUUGAUGAACAGUGGAAAGCUUGAUGCGUUACUUUCUAAGGGCAAGGAAUACGUGUUUGUUGCCAAUUCAGAUAAUUUGGGAGCUAUUGUAGAUUUAAAAAUUUUGAAUCACUUGGUUAAAAACAAAAAUGAAUACUGCAUGGAGGUGACGCCAAAAACCCUGGCUGAUGUGAAAGGUGGCACUCUAAUUUCAUAUGAAGGAAAAGUUCAGCUCCUGGAGAUUGCACAAGUUCCUGAUGAACAUGUCAAUGAAUUUAAGUCAAUAGAGAAGUUCAAAAUUUUCAAUACCAACAACUUGUGGGUAAACUUGAAUGCAAUAAAAAGGCUUGUACAGGAAAAUGCAUUGAAGAUGGAAAUUAUUCCAAACCCAAAGGAAGUGGAUGGGGUUAAGGUUCUUCAGUUAGAAACUGCAGCUGGUGCUGCGAUUAAGUUUUUUAAUCAAGCUAUUGGGAGUAACGUUCCGCGAUCUCGUUUCCUUCCUGUUAAAGCUAGUUCAGAUCUGCUUCUUGUUCAGUCUGAUCUUUAUACAUUAGCUGACGGUCUUGUGACCCGGAAUUCAGCAAGGGCAAACCCUGCAAAUCCUGCUAUCGAAUUAGGACCUGAAUUCAAGAAGGUUGCGGACUUCCUAAAGCGUUUUAAGUCAAUCCCUAGUAUUGUUGAGCUAGAUAGUUUAAAGGUCUCUGGUGAUGUAUGGUUUGGAACUGGGGUCACUCUUAAGGGAAAAGUAACCAUUAACGCAAAAUCUGGAGAGAAACUAGAAAUUCCUGAUGGUGCUGUCCUUGAAAACAAGGAUAUCAACGGCCUUGGAGAUCUCUAAGAAAGCUACAUCAUGUUUAGCUUGUCCAGGGAGAGGUUUGAAGUUUACUUUCUAUUCUAUUGGAAUGUAAUAACCCUGUGUAAUGUCUGUCAUAGGGUGAAAAAAUAAGGUCACAGUUUUGUUGUAAAAAUAUUUGCGGCUCUGUUUUUUUGAGAUAGUAGUCUCUCACUUUUCAUUACUAAACAUAUACGAGAUUGCUGUUUCACCAGCAUAUGGAUUAUCACUGGAUAUAUUCAUUCAUUAAUAGUCAUAUUCUAAUCAGAUUUGACUAAAUUUAUACAAGUUCAUCAAAUUUUACCAGCUA